AUUGACUGACAAUUUCUUCCCUCUAACAAUCGAUCGCAACCGCUGAUCUCUAAUUAAUAAUAACAUAAAGAUCAGUGAUCGCCUUUGCAUGCGCAACAAAACGCACAUGGUGUGUAUUUCCCCGGGUUCCCGCCGUAGCAUGAUGCAGCGAGGCUUUUUGACUCGACACGUCGGGUGCAUGCAAGUUACCAGGCUGGCCCGCUUGUCUGUUUCCAGUUGUGCGCGUGCGUAGUAUUUUGUUGACCCACACGUUGAAUAUGUAUACGAAGGUCACAUAACUCAAUCUAGCAUACACACGGACCAAGACGUUUCUCCGGGGCGGUGAGUGGACUAUAAGUCAGCUGAAAUGGGAGAAAAAGUCCUGGUUCUUGGCAAUGGAGGCAGGGAACAUACCUUGGCAUGGAAGUUGGCGCAGUCAGACACAGUAACUCAAGUCUUUGUUGCCCCUGGCAAUGCUGGCACUCAAGCAGUCCCCAAGGUUUUGAACACAAAUGAUGUAUCAGUCAAGGACUCCUCUCAGCUCAUAUCAUGGUGUCAAAGCAAUCAUAUUAACCUGGUUGUGGUUGGACCGGAGGCUCCACUGGCUGCAGGAAUCACAGAUACACUCACAGCAGCUGGUAUUGACUGCUUUGGACCAACGAGGGCAGCAGCACAGAUAGAAUCCAGUAAAGAAUACGCAAAGGGGUUCAUGGACAGACAUGGGAUUCCUACAGCAAGAUGGAAAGCUUUCUCUGAUGCAGAGUCUGCUUGUCAUCAUAUUAUGAGUGCAGAGUACCAAGCGUUAGUAGUGAAAGCCAGUGGAUUAGCAGCAGGUAAAGGUGUGAUUGUAGCGUGUACCAGGGAAGAAGCGUGUCAAGCAGUCAGGGACAUCAUUCAGGAUAAAUUGUUUGGAGAAGCUGGAGAGAGGGUUGUGAUUGAGGAGCUUCUAAAAGGCCAAGAAGUCUCUGUCUUGGCAUUUUGUGAUGGGACGCAUUUUGCACCGAUGCCCCCUGCUCAGGAUCAUAAGAGAGUAGGGGAGGGGGACACCGGUCCUAACACAGGAGGCAUGGGGGCAUAUUGCCCCUGUCCACAGGUGUCCGGUGAUGUGCUGAAAUGUAUCCAUGAUGCGAUACUACACAAGGCAGUAGUAGGCUUGAAGGCAGAGGGCAGACCAUACAAAGGGAUUUUAUAUGCCGGCCUAAUGCUAACGUCUAACGGACCUCGCGUCUUAGAGUUCAACUGUCGUUUUGGAGACCCAGAAGUCCAGGUGGUUCUACCACUGCUCAAGAGUGAUUUGUAUCUGACAUGUAAAGCAUGUGUCCAUGGUAACCUACCCAAUGCACUGCCUAGUUUCCAUGACAACAUGAGCGCUGUAGCUGUGGUCAAGGCUAGUGGAGGGUACCCAGGCUCUUACAAGAAGGGAGUUGAAAUAACAGGUUUGGACAAGGUUGAUGAGCUAGGUCAGAUGGUGUUUCAUGCUGGAACAGCUAUCAGAGAUAACAAGGUCGUCACCUCUGGUGGGCGUGUCUUAACUAAUGUAGCCAUGGCAACAGAUCUUCGAUUGGCUGCUGGUCAAGCACAGAAAGGAGCAGAGUCCAUUCAGUUUGAGGGGGGAUUCCAUCGGAAGGACAUAGCUCUCAAGGGGUGUGAGUUCCUCCAGAAAAAGAAGUCUUCUAAGUUAUGUGGUUUGACGUAUGCUGACUGUGGUGUAGACAUCAAUGCUGGUACUGCGUUAGUGGAAGCAAUAAAACCAUUAGCCGUUAGUACAUCACGACCUGGUUGCCAUGCUUCACUUGGAGGCUUCGGUGGCUUGUUUGAUCUCAAGGCAGCUGGUUUUAAAGACCCAAUCCUCGUCUCUGGUACCGAUGGAGUUGGCACUAAGUUAAAGAUUGCACAGUCAUGCGGUCUUCAUAAGACAGUGGGCAUAGAUUUAGUGGCUAUGUGUGUGAAUGAUAUCCUUGCACACGGUGCUGAGGCCCUCUUCUUCCUGGACUACUUUGCGUGUGGCAAGCUGGAUGUAGGCGUGGCUAGGGAUGUUGUGAGUGGGGUGGCCGAAGGCUGCAAAAUGGCCGGAUGUGCAUUACUAGGAGGAGAGACUGCAGAGAUGCCUGGUAUGUACCAAGCAGGGGAUUAUGACCUCGCUGGGUUUGCCGUCGGUGCCGUAGAGCGUCAACAAUUACUCCCUCGUACUUCAGAUAUCACAGCAGGUGAUGUUAUCAUAGGCAUUGCAUCAUCAGGUAUCCAUAGCAACGGAUUUAGCUUGGUGAGACGCGUCGUGGAAAAGAGCGGCCUUGGGUUUGCAUCUCCUUGCCCCUUUCAAGAGAACCGAAUGUUAGGUGAAGCCCUCCUCUCACCAACUAAGAUCUACUCUAAGACAGUCUUGCCAGCAAUCCAGACGGGGAAAGUCAAGGCCUUUGCUCACAUCACAGGAGGAGGUCUCUUAGAAAACAUCCCUCGAGUUCUCCCUAAAUCCCUGGCUGUCCAAUUAGAUGCCAGCAAUUGGACUGUACCAUCGGUCUUUGGGUGGAUUGCGUCUACUGGAGCGAUUGGUGAGGGUGAGAUGGCAAGGACCUUUAAUUGUGGGAUAGGCGGAGUUCUGGUGGUAUCGGAAGGGGACGUAGAUACGGUGAUAGAGGCAGUGAGGAAUGGUGGGGAGACUGUGUGGCGUAUUGGCAGCGUUGUUGACUUGGCACAAGGUUCUCCAGCGGUAACCAUCCACAAUUUAUCGUCUUCCCUCAUCAAUUGUUGUCCUGUCAAGGAAGAUUCAUCUGAUCAAAGCAUCGCUACAGAGAAGAUGAAAGUUGCUGUCCUAAUAUCAGGAACAGGCACCAACCUGCAAGCGCUGAUUGACCAUACUAAAGAUCCAGCAAUAAACAGCAGAGCUGAGAUUGUUAUGGUUGUAUCUAAUAAAGAUGGUGUGUUAGGAUUAGAGAGAGCUAGAGAAGCCGGGAUACCAACCAAGGUGAUUAACCACAAAGACUUCAAGUCUCGCGUAGACUUUGACAUGUCUGUUCAUGCAGCAUUGGUUGCUUCAGGAGUAGAGUUUAUCUGUCUAGCUGGAUUCAUGAGGAUAUUGAGUGGAGAAUUUGUCCGACUUUGGCACGGCGGUUUGAUCAACAUACAUCCAUCAUUACUUCCAUCAUUUAAAGGAAUGCAUGCUCAUCAAAUGGUUCUAGAGUCUGGAGUCAGACUCUCUGGGUGUACUGUUCAUUAUGUUGUGGAGGAGGUUGAUGCAGGCGCUAUCUUGGUUCAAGAAGCAGUUCCAGUCUUACCAGGAGACACCAUCGACACUCUUCAAGAACGUAUCAAAACAGCUGAACAUACGGCAUACCCACGAGCAUUAGAACUAGUAGCUUCAGGAGCAGCUACACUGGAUGUAACUUCAGGCAAGAUACAAUGGAAAUGCAAAUAAUUCAUCACCACAAUAUCCCACCGUAGCUUAUGUAUUCAUAAUAAUUAUAAGAUCCAAUUUCAUAGAGCUUCAGCACAAAACAUAUCUAAGCACAAACACUUGACGCUUACCACAAUACGAUUACCAGCCAAUGUCACACUAAUCUAUGGUAUCCUGCUUGUUUUUUGCUUGGCAUAGAGUUUGCAAGCAAAACUUCCUGCUCCAACGUCCUAAGAAAUUGGAUCUUGGACUCUUAAUGAACUUAUAAAGUUCAUGUACUGUUUUAGGGUUUUUGUAUAUUUGUCUUUAGAGGUUUUCGAAAUGAACAAAGUUCUUUGAAGUCUAACUGAAAUAAAGUCUUGUCUUUAAUGUGGAAAAUAAGUCUCCUUAUUAAGAACACAAACCAGGGUUUACCCUAAAAAAAAAUAUAUUUUUGUUUAAUGGUGAAAUCUUAGUGCUUAUUUUUUCUUAGGUUAUUGUUAUUUCUGAAAUGGAUUCAAAGCUUGAAUUAAAAUAAGUUUAAGUCAUGUCCUUUAAACUUCAAAUAAAGUUAUUUUUGAUAGGCAUUCCACAAUAUAAUCAAAAGGCUAACUUUUGUUUCUGCCAAAUUGAAAAAUUUGUCUUGUAUCCAUACACACAACGAUAAAUUGAACUAUCAAUGGCAAGAUGGGAUAUAUAGUAAUACAAGUGCAUUUUGUACUUUAGGCGCACAUCCGCCAUCGAUGCAAACAUGUUUAUUUAUAAACACAAGACUUCAACAAAAUUUAAUUGCCUGGAAUUGUUUUCUUUUGGCAAUUUACAUUUAAGGGUCAUUUAUCUUUUUAAUGAAAUUAUUCACCUUUGUAAAUUGUGUUAUUUUGAAAUAUUGCUUAACCACUAACAGGACCAUCAAUAAACCACUUUUCUUUUUCCAUAUGCCUUGUGCCCAAUCAGAAAUUUACUAAGUACAAACUUCCCCUUAGAAGACACUACCAAAACCUCAUCCAAUGCCCAGUCAUCUUAUCCCAUUACUUACUAUUGAGUACAAACUUUCCCCAUAGGCCUUUUACCUUGUCCUUUUCCCCCCAGUACCUAGUCAUUAGACUCCUGUGCCUGCUGUAUACAUAAUGCACUGAGCCAAGUUUUGAAAAAUUUCUAAGUACAAAUUUAUUCUUUAUAUUUUAGAAACGAACACAUUUUUAAUGGGGGGACCUGAUUGCUCAUUAGGGUAGACCCUGCGUUAGGAAGCCACUGACCCAGGUUCAAACCCAGUGCAUGUACGCCGAACCUGAGGUCCGUGCCUAUGAAACUAGAAUAAGAAAAGGUUCCUUUUGCUAAAAUUUAAUAUUUUAAAUUUAAUUCGUUUUUAUAAAAAAGGCCAGAGUUACACACAGGGGAAUUGAACCCAGGACCAUAGCAUCUGGAGUCACUGAGUCCUUCCACUGGACCACAAACUCCUCUUAAGAAACUUACAUCUGACGUUAAUUAAAACCCUUAGAAUGGACACAGGCAAUGAAAAAGAAAAGUAACAGAGUGGGAAUUGAACCCAGGACCAUAGGGUCCAGAGUCACUGAGUCCUUCCACUGGACCACCAACUCUUCCUAAGAAACUUGCAUCUGACGUUAAUUAAAACCCUUAGAAUGGACACGGGUAAUGAAAAAUAAAAAUAAAACACAGUGGGAAUUGAACCCAGGACCACAGCAUCUGUAAUGGUGAGUCCUUCCACUGGACCACAAACUCCUCUUAAGAAAACUGUGUCUGACGUUAAUUAAAACCCUUAUAAUGGACACAGGGUAUGGAAAAAGAAGAGGAACAGAGUGGGACUUGAACCCAGGACCAUAUCUUCUGUCAUCAGUGAGUCCUUCCAGCAGACCACCAUCUCUUCUUAAAGGCAGUGGACACUUUUGGUAAUUACUCAAAAUAAUUAUUAGCAUGAAACCUUU